AUGCAUGCGCUGCAGCCAUUGCACUCCGUCUCCUCGCUGCGGCUUGACAAGCAUUGGGACACAGGACGCAUGCGCUGCAACCAUCGUAAUCUGUCUCCUCAGUGCAGUUUGAGAAGCAUUGGGAAACAGGACGCAUGCGCUGCAACCAUCGCAAUAGUCUCCUCCGUGCACUUUAAGAAGCAUUGGGACACAGGACGCAUGCGCUGCAACCAUCGCAAUCCGUCUCCUCAGUGCACUUUAAAACGCUUUCUGACACAGGACGCAUGCGCUGCAACCAUCGCAAUAGUCUCCUCAGUGCACUUUAAGAAGCAUUGGGACACAGGACGCAUGCGCUGCAACCAUCUCAAUACGUCUCCUCAGUGCAGUUUGGGAAGCAUUGGGACACAGGCCGCAUGCGCUGCAACCAUCGCAAUAGUCUCCUCAGUGCACUUUAAGAAGCAUUGGGACACAGGACGCAUGCGCUGCAACCAUCUCAAUACGUCUCCUCAGUGCAGUUUGGGAAGCAUUGGGACACAGGCCGCAUGCGCUGCAACCAUCACAAUCAUCCAGCGAUGCCUCUUUAUGAAACAUUCACUACUACCUGUCUCAUUGAUAGGAAGGAGGUGUCACUAA